AUGGAUGGGGUGGAACUUGGUGUACAGAUCACCGCGAAGGCCGCCGAGAAGAUCAAGUACUUUGCCGAGAAAGAAGGUAUCGCCGAGGGUGUGGGUCUGCGUGUCGCCGUCAAGGGCGGCGGUUGUUCCGGCCUGACCUACGACCUGAAGAUUACCGACCAGGAACUGGAAACCGACAAGAUUGUCGAGCAGUACGGGGUCAAGGUGAUGGUGGACAAGAAGAGCUACAUCUACCUGGUUGGCACCGAGCUGGACUUCUCCGACGGUCUCAACGGCAAGGGUUUCAUUUUCGAAAACCCCAACGCCAAGAAGGCCUGCGGCUGCGGGACUUCCUUCAGCGUCUAA